GAUGUUAACAGCAUUAAGUUGGGGGAAAGGAGUUCGCUCACUGGUCGGGGAGUGAGGGCGACCUGGUCGGAUUGUACAAGUUUUCUUCCAUCUCAUCAUUCACCCCCAUCCCUACCCCCAACGACUCUCUCUCUCUCUCUCUCUCUCCCCCCCUCCCACCUCGGGGAGCAAUGGUCUGCGGAUAUGGGGCUCUGCUUGGGGUCGGAUGCGAGCGCUGAGGAGCGCGAGGCGCGGAUACGCAGCGAGAAAAUCGACCGCGCGUUAUACGAGUUCGCCAAACAAGAGUUCAACGUAGUGAAAAUCCUACUUCUGGGUGCAGCGGAGAGUGGGAAGAGCACUCUGGUCAAACAGAUGAAGAUCAUCCACAGUCAUGGGUUCAGCGAUGAAGAACUUGCAAGUUUCAAGGUAACGACUCAGAGAGAGAGAGAGAGCGCGAGAAAGAGAGGAAAAAAAGACGCAGUGUGA